AUGUCCUGGUUCCAAAAAACCUUCACCCUUCCCUCUCGCUCCCGCGGCUCCUACCUCAUAACCGACGAAGUCCUCUCCCAACUCCCCGAAAUACGCAACUACAAAGUCGGCAUGCUCAACCUGUUUGUGCAGCACACCAGCUGCGCGCUCUCGCUGAACGAGAACUGGGACGAGGAUGUGCGCGCCGAUAUGAGCGACGCGCUGGACCGGAUUGCGCCGGCGGAUCGGAAGGGGAAUCUCUAUCGGCAUUCGGCUGAGGGGGAGGAUGAUAUGCCGGCUCAUAUCAAGUCCGCCCUUGUCGGCGCGUCGGUCAAUAUUCCCAUCUCGAAUGGGAGGUUGGCAACGGGUACGUGGCAGGGGAUUUGGUACCUGGAGUUUCGGACCAGUCGGCACACGCGCAAGGUUGUUGCGACAAUUCAGGGUGAGAAGGCGUGA